AUGUAAGGUUCCUAUGAGACAUUCACAUCCGAUGUACAAAACGCAGAUAGUAAGGCAUAAUAACGACUUUGAUUCCUGUAUCCUAAAAGAAACAUGUUCCCACGAGACUUUGCGUGGGGAGCGGGAACUGCUGCCUAUCAAAUAGAAGGUGGCUGGCAGGCAGACGGCAAGGGACCAAGUAUCUGGGACACAUUUUGUCACGAGAAAGGCAGAGUGUUUGGGGAGCAGAAUGGAGAUGAGGCCUGCAACAGCUACGAGCUGUGGGAGAAGGACCUGGAGUGUAUCCAGCAGCUUGGACUGACACACUAUCGUCUGUCUCUCUCCUGGGCUCGCCUCCUGCCUGAUGGGACGACACGACGUGUCAAUCAAAAAGGUGUACAGUACUACAACAAGGUGCUUGAUGGUUUGCUGGCCUGCAAUGUAUCACCGAUGGUGACACUUUACCACUUUGACCUGCCUCAAGCUCUUCAAGAUCAGGGUGGCUGGAAAUCAGCGGGUACAGCGACCCUGUUUGACAGCUACGCAAAGUUUUGUUUCCAAACGUUCGGCGACCGCGUAAAACUUUGGAUCACCAUCAACGAGCCCUACGUGUGCGCCAAACUGGGCCACGAAGAUGGCAUCCACGCCCCGGGGUUAAAAGAACCGGGAGUCGCUGCCUACCUAGUGGGCCAUAACAUGCUGCGGGCCCACGCCAUGGCCUGGCACAGCUACGACUCCUUCUACAGGACAGAGCAGAAGGGUGCGGUGUCCCUGGCCAUCAACAGCGACUGGCUUGAGCCGUUGCACGCAGGUCGCACCGAGGAUAUCGCCGCCACUCAACGACAACUUGCCUUCACACUAGGUUGGUUCGCCUGGCCUGUGUUUGUAACUGGAGACUAUCCAGAAAUAAUGAGAUCUGCCGUCGACGCUCAAAGUAAGAAGUUGGGAUGCAGCGGUAGCUCAAGGCUGCCCAGUUUCUCAAAGGAGGAGCCUGCCAUUUUGGGAACAGCGGACUUCUUUGCGUUGAACUACUACACAUCUCGGAACAUCGAGGCGGGAGGAGGUUGUGGAGAGACGUUGUGCAUGAAGAGCGACCGAGAUGCAGGAGAAGUUUUGGAUCCGUCCUGGCCCAUUUGUGGCGUGUCCUGGCUCGCUGUAGUGCCCCGUGGCUUAAGGAAACUUCUCAAGUACAUCAAGGACGCUUUCAACAACCCAGCCGUCUACAUUACCGAGAACGGCUUCUCUCAGGUGGGGCAGCUGCAGAUUGAGGAUGUCCAGCGCUCAGAGUUCUACAAGGACACCAUCUUGGAAGUGGCUAAAGCUAUACAAGAAGAUGGGGUCAACGUCCGUGGAUAUUUCGCAUGGUCACUGCUGGACAACUUUGAAUGGGCUGAUGGAUUCAGGGCUCGUUUUGGAUUGUUCCAUGUGGACUUCACGGACGCAAGGCUAAGCCGAACCAUAUAUCAGUCUGGACGGGAGUAUGCAAAGAUUAUCUCAAAAUACAAAUGUGCUCAAUCCAAAUGAGAAGACUGAAUAAUAAAAAAAAAAACAAUUUUCACUUCUU